GACCUAUCUAUUCCCCUGACUCUCGUCGCCUGCCGUCAUGAACCUAGCAAAGACUCUCACACGCACCCUCUCACGCACCAUGUCCACCUCGGCUCGACCCAGCUCUUCCUUGAUCCCAACCAUCUCGACGUUGCCCGACCUCCGAGCAUGGCGCCGACGAGCGUUCAAGGAGGACAAGUCGGUCGGCGUCGUACCCACAAUGGGAGCUUUGCACGAAGGUCACCUUGAUCUCGUCCGGCACUCUCUCCGAGCGAACCCCUUGACAGUCCUCACCCUCUUCGUAAACCCAACCCAAUUCGCACCGCACGAAGACCUCUCCUCUUACCCCCGAACUUUACCUCGGGAUCUUGAACUCCUGGAAAACCUCCUCCGCUCCGAGUAUCCAGGGAAAGAAAUGGACAAGCUCGUGGUAUGGACGCCGAGCAGGGAGACCAUGUACCCGUUAUCCAGCUUGCCGGCUCCUGCUUCGGGUUCGACGGGGGAGAGUAUGUUACAGGAUGUGAACAAACAACGGGGGGCGUUUGUGGAAGUCAAGGGGUGGGGGGACGUACUCGAGGGGGCCAGUCGUCCGCAAUUCUUUCGGGGAGUAGCGACGGUCUGUACGAAGCUCUUCAACGCAGUCCAACCUGACCACGCCUACUUCGGGCAGAAGGAUAUUCAACAAGCGCUUCUCCUCAAGAUCAUGCUCAAAGACCUCCUAACAGCCUAUCCGACGACCGACAACCUGCAUAUCAUCCCCACAACCCGGGACACCUCGGACCACCUGGCUCUCUCUUCCAGGAACGCCUACCUGACGGAAGCCGAACGCCCCUACGCACCGACCUUACACCGGGCGCUCUCCCAAGUCAGAUCAUCCUUGACAUCUAGCUUCCCUUCAACAUCUACACCGACCACUGCAGAGUCUGCUAUCCAAGCCGCCCGAGACCUUAUCGAGACCGUCUCCAAAGAAGCUUCCCAAUCCUCAAAUGUUUCCAUUAAAUACGACUAUAUCGAGGUUUUCGACAAGGUCACUUUCGAGCCUAUCCGAGGAGAAUUGCACGGUCGAGAAGCGGUUGUAGCCGGGGCUAUCUGGGUGGGGAAGACGAGGUUGAUCGAUAACUUGUUGAUCGGGUGGGAUGUUUGAGGGUUGGCCCGGUGGGGUUGUAGGGUAGAUGACGUGGAGAGCAAUAAAUACUAGAUGAGCGCAAUACGACACAACAAGAAUUAUCCUGUAAUGGACUGUGUAUGAACGUUUCUCAGGCCUGUAAGACGACGCCAAUCGAAAUCCUGGAUGCUGACAGGGACGAAGAUGAUGAUACAGAGAUGCCGC